AUGUCGGAUACUACAACUACAAAUACAGGCUUUACCUGGAAUUAUGAAUUUAUAACUUCAGGAGCGCCAAAACAGCCAAAUGAAAGCGCUUUCAAAUAUAAUGUCCGUAAAUUGUUUACGGUAAAAUCUUUGGAAAGCGUAGAGGAAGAUCAACGUGUCUCCAAACUUAAAAAAACUUUGAGUGUUUUUGAGUUGACCAUGAUUGGUUUAGGCAGCAUCAUUGGGACUGGUAUAUUUGUUUUAACAGGUCAAGCUGCGGCCACUAGAGCCGGUCCUGCUGUCAUUUUAUCUUUUUUAUUGGCUGGACUCACUGCUAGUUUUGCUGCAUUAUCUUACUCGGAAUUAGCUUCAAUGAUCCCAAUUUCAGGUUCAUCAUAUUCUUAUGCGUAUGCCACUAUGGGUGAACUUAUAGCUUGGAUUAUUGGUUGGGAUUUGACUUUGGAAUAUUUGGCGGGUGCUGCUACAGUGUCUGUUG